GUCCUCCGUGACUGCUGUGACCCGCCACCUCCCCAAGCCUCUGAGGACCAGUCCGUGUAGUCUUGGGACCACUGAAAGCUACCCCUUGUCCUCAAGGACUCCGAGAACCCCAGCCCCACUGACAGCAGGAUGAGCUUCUCGGUCACGUUCACCGAGCUGGCCAACAUCGCCAUCCCACAGUGCGGGGUGCUGAACUUCAAGGCCCUGCACCUCCUGCUGCAGGGCAUCUUGGAGCACAUCCACAUGGCUGAGCUCAAAAAGGUCCUCUCGGGGGAUGAGGACUUCCUGCAGCCCUCGCAGGUGGUCAUAGUGCCCAGGGAAGGAGACGCCCAGCCCAUCCUCAACCCCAUGAAGAGGCUCAGCAAUGUCUUCGACCACGUAGUUAGCCGCCUCGACAAACUAGAGAACCAGCUGGCCCUGCUGAAGGACCUGCCCUCUACUGCCCAGCUGCUGGAAGGCAGCCAGGGCACUGGCAGGCCCGCCCAGGACCUGUGGCAUCUGAUCAAGCUCCGGAAGACAGUGGAGGCUCACGAUGAAGCCCUGGCCAAGUCAAUGCAGACCCUGCAGGACCUGCUCACUGAUCUUCAUGCACUCCAGGUCACCGCCAAAGCACUCAGGAAGGAUGUGGACAUGCUGAAGAACAUGCUUGAGAAGAUACACCCAGAAAGAAUGGACAUGUUCGCUGAAGACUUCAGAAUCCAGAACCGGAGGAUGGUCGCACUGCAGCGGGAAGUGGCUUCUCUCCAGAAUAAAGUUCAAACCAUCCCCAAAACUGAGGACAUGGUGCUCUGGAGUGGCCUCCAUGAUGCCAUGUUCACCUCGGAAAUCAGUUCAUCACCCUUGGACUUCCCCCGACUGUGGCAGUCUGUGGAGCAGCUCCCAGAGGCUGCCCUGGCCCAGACCGCCGAGUACCUUGAAGCUACUCGUGCCAUCCACGUCGCCGAGCCCAUCCAAAACACCCAGCUGCUGCAGACCGUCUGGCAUUACGAGGUCCCAGAGCUCCUCCCAGAGGAGCCAUCUGCCCAAGCAGCUUCACUCAGCAGUGACCAGGAGUCAGCGCAGCCUCCGGCCCUCACACCUGAGUCUUCACCUGGGCGCGCAAUUGAAUUUGCACCUGAGCCUGAACCCGUGCUAGGGCUGGAGCCGGAGGCUGUGCCCAGACUGGAGCCUGUGCCCGGGCCCAGUGUGACACCUGGGUUCUUGCCAGCACCUUGGCCUGUGCCUGGACCUGUGCCUGCCCCAGGAGCCUACCCCUCACCUCCAGGAGACUGGCCUGCACUCCCAGGACGCUGGCCUCUUCCCCAAGGCUUGCCUGAGCUGGGCUCUUGGCCUUUCUGGGACUUAGGCCUCCUGCGGCCACCUCAGCCCCAGCCCUCCGGGGCCCCACAGCCGGCUACUGAGUUUGGCUUCAUGUGGCCUCAACCACUGCAGCCAUAUCAGUCUCACCAGGGAGAAGCCCUCCAGGUUGCAGCUGUCCAAGAAAAGGGGGAAGAAAAUGAUGUCCCCAGCAUGAGGAGCCCUCGGGAGAGGGCUCGCAAGGAUGGGCACCCUAAGGAUAGAGCUCGCAAGGUUGGGGUCCCCAAAGAUGGAGGUGGCAAGGACGUGGCUCCCAAGGAUAGUGGUGGCAAGGAUGGGGCCCCCAAGGAAGCACAGCCUAAGACUCCCCAGUCUGCUCUUCACCGGCUGAAAACCACCGCUGCCAUCGCCGCCGCCGCUGCCGCAGCCUAUGCAGCCGCGGCAUCCUCUGCUGCCCAGACAGCCAAAGUUGCUGCCAAGGUUGUCAAAGAUGCCCCAGCCACCAAAAUGGCCAGCAUUGCAGCAGACAUGGCUUCAGCUGGGCCCCUAGGGGUCUUUGCACAUGUCCUGGGUGCAGGGCCUGCCCGGGGAGCCACAGAAUCCCAAGACGCGGACGAUGAUUCUGAAAUCCUCUCUCCCUCCUACUCUGCUGCCAGCAUCCGUCCUGAUUUAGCCCUGUCCCAGGGCAUGCUGGCUGCCAAGCAGGCCACGAGCCCUGAAGACAAGAAGAGGGCUGUCAGGUAUUCCAUGAGCCACAUAGCCCAGAUGCCCGUCAGACACGACUCCCUGAAAGAAGAAUUUGCCCAGCUGUCCUUUAACCUGAACCAGCACUUGACCCGUCUAGCCAGUAUGGGAGGCCCUUCCAGGCUUGGGGCAACAGUGGACAUAUUGCAGGAAAAGAUCGGCAGCCUCCAGAAAUCCAGGCUUAAGGAAGAAGAACUUGAGAGAAUUUGGGGCAAUCAAAUAGAGACAGUGAAGGAUCACUACAUCAUUUUGGACAAGGCAGUGGAGAAGCUACAGAUUCGAAUGGAUGAGUUCAAGACUCUCCAGGCUCAAGUCAAAAGACUGGAAAUGAACAAGGUGAAUAAAAGCACUAUGGAGGAGGAGCUGAGAGAGAAAGCUGACAGGAGUGCCCUGGCAGGCAAGGCAAACCGAGCUGACCUGGAGACCGUGGCGCUGGAGCUGAACGAGAUGAUUCAGAACAUGCUCUUCAAGGUCACGAUCCAUGAGGACGACUGGAAGAAGGCUGUGGAGCAGCUCAGCAAGGACAUGAACACCAAGCUAGUCCACAGUGAUCUGGAUCCCUUGAAGAAAGAAAUGGAAGAGGUCUGGAAAAUAGUCCGGAAGCUGCUGAUUGAGGGCUUAAGAUUGGACCCUGACAGUGCUGCCGGCUUUAGGAAGAAGCUGUUCGAGCGCGUCAAGUGCAUAUCCUGUGACCGGCCCGUGGAGAUGAUGACUGGCCCACACCUGAUCACCAUCCGCAAAGCACACCUGCUGUCCCGGCUGCGGCCAGCCAGCGCCAACAGCUAUGAGUACUUGCAGAGGCAACAGAUGAGGGAACAGCAGCAGCUACAGUUCCAGGACCUCGGCAUCCAGGAGGAUGUUCAGCAGGACUGGGGUGAUGGCCCCCAAAAUGACACCAGCUUCAAGUGCAAGUCCUGCAACCUGUCAACGCUUUAUCCCUAUGGGGAUCCCCACGUGAUCGACUAUGACAGCGUCGAGGUGGAUAUCCUCGGUGUGGAUGGGAUCCUAUACAAAGGCCGCAUGAAUAGCCAGAGGGGGACUCAGGCCUCGGCCAUCGCAAAGGAGCUGGCAGCUGUGAAGGCUCCGUGUCCCCCGUCACAAAGCCUGUAUGACCGUGUGCACUCCAGCUCCCUAUUUGGUGCCGUCUGCCCCCCCCUGCGCCCCCACACCAGUGCCCGCUCAUCUGCCUCAGGCCCUCACCCGACGAUGCCAGCUCGGCCACCUUCCCUGCCACCUCUGCCACUGCUGCCACCACUGAUUCCGCCCCUGACGGACCCCCAGCAGGCUCCAGGGCCCACCAGACUUUCAAGAGCUCCACAUAUCGAGUCCCGAGUCAGCAGGAAGCCCCAUGAGGAGCCCGCCAACCUGUGAGCCCCACCCCCCUGUGGCCCC